AUGCCGAAUUAUUUCAAAGCUCUUGUUGCAGUGUAAUUUAAUUUAACCCACGUAAGUCGUUUUGAAAAACUACUACAUCAAUACUGCGGAAUCUGUAUUCACUAACUCAUGUUUUAACUUUAUCGAUGAUGCUGUAUUAUUAACAUUAUUCGUGUAGUGUUUUGAUAAUUCGGUGUGUGCAUUAUGUUUCGCACUAAAAAGGAUGUCGACCGGCAUUCUCAGGAGGUUCUGCAGAAAAUCACCAACGAAAAAGAAAGAAAUUUAAGAUGUUUGAGUAUUGCACAACUUUACUACAAUGUGCACGAUUACGAAUCAGCGAAACGUUAUUUAUUGAUGUACUUAUCUGUGAAAGACGAUUCACCUUUAGCUCACAAGCUUCUAGGUCAGAUUUACGAGCAAUUAAAUGAUAAAUAUAAAGCGCUCCAGGAGUUCAUCGUGUCUUUUCAAGCAGACAGUAAACAGCCCGAGUUGGCUCUCAAAAUUUGUGAAUUGAUUUGUGAAAAUGAGAUUUUCGAUAAGAGUCAGGCCAAACAAUGGUUUCCAAUAGGAGAAAAACAUUUCACCUAUCAUCCUACAAUUUUGAAGUUGAAGAAAAAAUUAUUUUUAGUCGACGAUGAUAAUUACACUUCGCUCGAAGCGUCUUUAAAAGAACAAAUUAGAAAUAAACCGAAUAGUCCGGAAUUGCAUAUACAACUGCUCACGUUUUACCUUGAAAAUGGUAGAAUUAGGGAAGCGUAUGAAGAAGCGUUUCAAAAACCUCGUCACUUCACACCGAUAAUGCAAUGGUAUCAAUGCGCCAUCAGGAUUUGUAAAAUGUAUAAAAUCCAAUAUCCGAAUUCUUUGCAAGAAGAUUUCUACGCUAAUAAUUUACUAUCUUUGGAACGACUUCUCGCUUUGGCAGUCCAAGACGUUAAAUUAACUCGUAAAGGUAUCACCGAAUGUGUAUCGUUCUUAGCUAGGUUCGAUGAAACUUUAUCAGAUGCUGUUUUAUUACUCCAUAAAUCGUUGAAAUUUCAAAGAAUUAUCAAUCAUAUGUGUGGGCAAUUAUGUUUCCACGCUGCUAGCAUCAUUUAUCGUAAACUGAAAUGGGAAGAUGUCAAAUCGUCGAAAGAAUUCAAUCAGUUGACUUCACCUUUAUUACUUUUAUCAACCAGUAAAGAUUUUAAAAUCGUCGAAGAUCGUAGCACUAACGAUUCGCUGUAUAGAACAUAUAACGUUUGCGUUAUUGAAAAUGCCUACAGAAUUCUACAAUCUGAAAUUGUUCUUCACGGAAUGGCCCAAGGGAACGUUAAAGAAUUCAUCGAAAGUAUAUUUCGUAAUUGUGUCGGCGAUUACUGGAAAGAACGUAUUUCUGAAAAAAUAUACAGUACAUCGGAUUACAUGAAGUUCCGAAAGUCGUCCUUUUUCAUGACGUACGCUGCAUUUUCUAAUCUCCCUGCGGAAUUAUCUCCUCAAGUUUUGGAGAAUAUUGAGAAAAAAACUAUCAUCACGGAAACCGUAAAUCCGAUCUCAUUACAUCAUUUAGUUUGGUUUGGAGUGAACUACCUUAUGCUGUCAGACAAGAAGUCACUGAGUGACAUGUAUCUGCAUUAUCAAUUCUACGCCAGAAAAUUCAGCGCACUCCCCUUCUGUAACAAUCUUUCAAGCUCGACGACGUAUGCGGAAAGUUUAUGCAGACUGGACGUUGAUGCUUUUCUGUACGCUUGUGUAUUUUGCGCGAAAUCCUACAUCGAUCAGCAAAUCACAUCGGAUAGAUAUCACAUUUUUCCGGCUGACGUUUCCAAAGCUAUGUGUUCCACCGAACAAGAGCAAUGGUGGGAGUAUGCUUAUCAAAUGUGCUCGAAAACCAUUCCUGAUAGCGGUAUACCGAGUAGUAGAUCAACGUUACAACGUGGAAUCGAAGCAGUCAGAUUAUCCGGCUGUAGUUCUUUGCCUUUACCGUUACUUGUGCUUUUGGGUAGAACGUUCUCGAAUAGGGCGGCUGUGGAGUCUGAUAGUGAUAUAGCAUCAUCGUUAGAAGAACGUGCGGCGUUGUAUUGGAAAACUGCGUUGCCUCUUUUGGAGAAUAUUGCUCGAAAUCAGACCAUCACGAAUACACCGAAAUCGAUUUUCGAAUAUCAUGGAAGCGUCAUAACGAAAGCAACUGCUGUUACUUUGAUCGAAGAAGGUAAACGUAUCGUAGGAAUGCAUCUAAUCAAAUCGAACGAUUAUUCUGACAGCGUUUGCGAACAGAUUAACGAAUCCUACGCCGACUUGAAUGCAUCGAUAGCGUCAUCUAACGCCGGCGUAAGCGUAGCCGCUACUCUAUGGGGCGAUAAAAUCAUCCAGACGAUGCUGCAGCAAAACGCCAAAAUCACCGAUAAAUUGGAAACCUUAUUCAACAAGCAAGAGCUGCUGUGCAGUAAUCAAUUCCAAUUGCUCGAGAUGAUCUCUACGUUGACGAAGAAAGUCGAAGCACUAAUAAUACCAGAUUACGACGAAUAUCUCGAUAAAUUAGCCGUCAACCAAUCAAUGGGUCCGUCGGAAUCCAGCUUACCGACGGGAUUGACUUCGUCUUGGACACCAGCACCUGUCUCCUGCUUACAACAACAGCUUCAAGCGCCACAUCAAAUGCUGCCCAACAACGUAGCUACUCCGAAAGCGGUUAAUAAUAUAUCAACGAGUACCUUCAUGCAAACACCUCCGCAAUUCAACUACGGAGUACCGAAUUUCGGCUCGAACAGCAUCGCGCCCAGAACCGCGGCUGCCGCAGCUACGGCUAGUUUUAUGCAGAAACAUCCGCAUUUGAACGCUACACCAAAUGCGUACGUAGGAAGUCCUGUUCAGAUGGGUUUCAACGCAACGUCAGCCCAGUGGGAUUUGAGUAACGUUUCGUUGAACAGCGGUGUUCAAUCUUUGGCCGAAACCACAUCGCAGCCAUCUCAGGUUUAUUCCGCAUCGUCGAUUUCAUCGAAACUCGAACCUAGCUACGGAGCGGUGUCUGGUUAUUUAUCGUCGCAGCAGCAGCAGCAACAGCAGCAGCCGCCAUUCCAACAACCAUCAUCGACGCCGUUGUCGACAUCUUUGUUUGCUCCUCAGCAGCAACUUGCAGGGCAACCGUUCACGUUUUCGUUUUCAUCUCCUACUCCUGCUAGUAUAAAUCCUCCCGGCACUCCUGGCGCUACAGUUGCCGGAAAUACGGGUUCUAGUCCCAGCGUAUCAUUCAGUACGCCAAUUUCGACUACCUUUGGAUCUGCUACCAAAUCGUCGACUACGAUCUCCGGUACGCCACCUACAUCGACGGCGACUCCGGCUCGUCCUUCGUAUCAUAUUCCGAUGCCAGAUAGUUCGGUAGUUCAGCCGUCUCCGCCGAUGCAGAUACCUCAAGAUGAGGAUGACGAUGACGAAGUCGAACCGGUCGAACACGAUCCGAUUCCUGAUUUUAAACCGAUUAUUCCGCUGCCCGAUGAGGUGGUGGUCAAGACUGGCGAAGAAGGCGAACAAGUCGUGUACGAGAAUCGCGUCAAGCUAUUCCGAUUCGUCGACAAAGAGUGGAAAGAACGAGGCAUCGGAACGUACAAAUUGCUGAAAAAUCCGGAUACCGGACGCGUGCGAGCGUUAAUGCGUCGCGAAAUGGUUCACAAAGUUUGCGCCAAUCAUUUGCUAUCCGAGAAGAACGAGCUGACUCCGAUGAAAAGCAGCGAUCGUGCUUGGAUCUAUUGCGCGGCCGAUUACGCCGACGGUGAAAUGAAAUUCGAACAGUUCUGUAUCAAAUUCAAGACACCCGAAGACGCGGCCAAAUUCAAGACCGAAUUCGAUAAAUACAGAGAUGAAAGCGUGCUCGCUGCCGGCGACAACAACGAUUCACUCAACAAGUCGACGACAGCGACUUCUACUUCUGUCCUCGGAACAUCAACUCCACCAUCUGCGAAAUCUGCCGAACCCAAAGCUACCGUAGUAUCGACCGAAACACCCAAGAAAUCGAACGAUACGUCGAAAUUCACUCCCAGGAGUGGUUUACUCUUUGGUACGCCAACUACGCCGAAAACAGAAUCUCCGGUAGCGCAAUCUGCUCCGACUGUUGCGAAAACUACACCAGCUGCUGCUAAACCAUUCGGAAGCGAAAGUACGUUUGUUUUUGGUGCGCCGAAAUUACCUUCAUCUCCAGCAUCCGCAGCAGCGUCACCUGCCACAGCGCCGGCUAAAAGUGCAGAAACGACGAAACCAUCGGUGUUCGCCGGAUUUGGAGGAUUCAGCAUGAACACGUUGCCUAAACCGACCGCAUCUAUCACGAAUUUAUUCCAACAACAACAGCAGCAACAACAACCACCUUCGUCGACUGCUACUAAAUCGGAAUCAGCUACGACUGAACCGGCUCCGUUCACUUGUGUCUCAGACGACGCGAUGACUUUCUCGUCGUUGAGCCAAUCUAGCGGUAAUGCUUUCGCGAAAAGUAAAGAUUUCAAAGGAUUCCAAGGCGCUGGAUCGUUGGUUUUCGGCGGAGUUGCGGCUAAACCGUCCGCGCCGGUUGCGGCGAUUUUGAAAAACAUUCUACCGCUUAGUCCUCAGUUGAACACGUCUAAUGUUUCUACGUCGGGUAAAGCGGACGAAAGUGGUCUGAAUGAGUCGACGGCUGCCAGCAGCGGCGGAGCUGGAGACGAAGACGAAUUCGUACCAACGCAGGAAUUCUCGCCGGUCAUCCCGUUACCGGAAUUGAUCGACGUUAAGACCGGCGAAGAAGGUCAGGAAGUGUUGUACGAAGAACGUUGUAAAUUGUAUCGAUAUACCGGCGAAGAAUGGAAGGAAAGAGGCGUAGGUAAUAUGAAAAUAUUACGCGAUCCGGUAUCCGGUUACGUUCGUUUACUGAUGCGAAGAGAACAAGUGCACAAAGUGUGCUGCAAUCAUCGGUUGCUAAAGGAGCACGAAUUGAAAAAACAUUCGACUUCGGAUAAAGCGUGGACCUGGUGCGCUCAAGAUUACUCCGAAAACGAGCUGAAGAACGAGACGUUCUGCGUUAAAUUCAAACAUACCGAACAGGCAAACGCUUUCCGAGACGCGUUCAACCGUGCCAAAUCGAAUCUAGAAUCUCCGCAGAAAGCUUCGUCCAGCGAUUCGGCAUCGUCGAAAACGAAGACCGCCGAAGCCGCUUUACCUAAGUUAUCGGAUAUGUUUAAACCAGAGACCGGCUCGUGGGAAUGUAAAAUGUGUUACGUUCGUAAUAAAGGCGAUAUCGAUACCUGUCUUUCGUGCGCAUCUCCGAGAAACCCUUCCGAACAGAAAUCGAGCCCGGAAGAAGGAAAGAAAGCAGAACCAGCGUUCGUUGAUAACAAAUCAUUGUUCAGCAGCGGUGGCGGCGCGAGUAAAUUCAGUUUCGGCAUGCCCGCUUCUAAUAAACAAGAUACUUCUUCGGUAACGCCAACACCGACACCAGCCGCAGCUCCGGCUGCACCUGCGAAAGAGUUUUCGUUCGGAUUAGGCGCACCGAAUGUAUCCUCAUCGUCUAGUAGUCCGGCGGUCUCGUUCAGUUUCGGUACCGGAUCGUCGUUGUUCAAUUUUGGAAACUCGCCCGGCGCCGUCACGCAACCCGCAGUUACUAAAGAUAGCGGAUUUUCCUUCGCUCCGGUAGUAUCUCAAGUUCAAUCGGCUACUCCAAGCACGACGCCCACGGUUACCAAUACGUCCAGCACGUUUACACCGAUCGCUUCUUCACCGAAGACCGGAUCGACCGAACCUGUGUUCAGUUUCGGCAAACCUAUCUCGUUGUCUCCGUCUGUAUCGAUUUUCAAAACUCCGGCUGGUGCUCCGGGUUCUUCGACUCCUUUCCAGUCUCUGAGUGCGGGUAAACCGCAAGAGAACGCGACUAUUUUCGGCGGCGGCGCCGGUUCAACGACGUUAUCUACAUCGUUCAGUUUCGGCGGUAAAGCUCAAGAAAACGCUUCGAUUUUCGGCGGCGAACCUUUCAGUAAAACGUCGUCUAUUUUUGGAUCUCCCGAUAGCUCAAAGUCUGCCAAUACUUCCGGUGCGUUUAGUAAUUUCUCGUUCAAAUUGCCCGCUGAUGUGUCCAUAACCACGGUUGAUAAGGCUGAAACCAGUUCGCAGGAUUCGAUUCCGUUUUAUGAGAGAGUUCCGUUAUUGAUAAAUGAUAAAAAUGAGAUAAAAUUAUUUAAAUCUCGAGCCAUGUUAUAUCGUUGCGAGGAGCAUAAAGAAGAAGAAGAACUCGGUCGCGGGUAUUUAUAUAUCUUGAAAAAUCCGACCACUUGUAAAUUCAGAUUGUUAUUCAUGAAAAAACCUGGUUUGUUGGCUUGCCUGAGUCAUUUCGUCGAUGAAAAAAUGACGAUCGAAUCGCUAGACGAAUUUUCGUGGUCUUGGUUCGCUUCGGAUUUUUCCAAAGCCGAAAUAAUCGAUUGUUUUUUUCGGGUAAUUUUCGACGAUACCGAAGCAGCGACGGAAUUCAAAUCGUCCGUUGAUAAGGUGCAGAAAGAGAUAAGAGAUGGUGCUUCUGAUUCUCCGGCGUUAUCUGAAGUAGAAUUCGUCUCCGAAACAAAACCCUCUGAAGAAGAGAAAAAGUUAGCUGAAUCGUUACGUUUACCAUCGAAUUUUUUCGCUUAUAAAUACCAGAAAGACUGUCCAGGAUGUGUAGGAUGCGACGAAGAAGAUAAAAAACUGAAACAAGAAAACAAAGAAAAUCAAUCGUCGAAAACAGUAUCUCAAAGUAGCCUAUUUUCGAACAACACGACUCCUAAAACUAGUCUUUUCGGUGGUUUUAAUAUUCCUUCGAACGAUUCGAAGCCUAGUCCAAUUUUUGGAGAUAUUACGAAUAACACAUCGUGGCUUAGUAAAGGUCCGUUUAGCAAUAGCUUGAAUCUAUCUGCCGGUGGAAGUCCGGCUCAGAAAGCCACUCAAGAAGGAUCGGAUGACGACGACGAAGUCGUUAAAAACGAUCAAGAUCCGUACUUCGAACCUGUGAUUCCUUUACCCGAUAUUGUCGAGGUUAAAACCGGUGAAGAAAACGAAGAAAUUAAAUUUUGCGAACGAGCUAAAUUAUUCAGAUACGAUAUUGAAGAUAAGCAGUGGAAGGAACGUGGAGUCGGUGAAUUGAAAGUUUUAUAUCAUCCUGUGGAAAAAAGUUAUAGACUUUUGUUGAGAAGGGAACAGGUUCAUAAAGUAGUACUGAAUCAACGCAUCACCAAUUACCUAAACUUACAACCUUUAUCAUCGUCUCGCUCAAGCUGGUGUUGGUCCAGUAUGAAUUUCCCCGAACAAGAAAGCGAACCUGUACUAGAGAAAUUGGCAGCGAAAUUCAAAACCGAAGCUCAAGCUACGGCUUUCCACAACGCCGUGCAAGAGAGUUUAUUCGAUAUCAACACCGUUCAAAAGUACGAAUUUGUUCUUGUAGACGACGAAUCGGCCGCAACAACGACGAACGUAUCGAACCGCAACGAAUCCGGAGCCGCUUCUUCGGAUGUCGACGACGACGACGAUCGCGACUACGGCGAAGGUAACUACGACGAUACGAAUUACGAAGAAUACGACGAUCGCGAAUACGAAGACGGAGACGACGAAUACGAACCGGAUUACUACGUCGAUGAAGAUGCGAUCGGCGACGCGAUGGAAGAACUCGACGUAGCUGUGAAGGAAGUCUUGUUCGAAAACAACGUUAAUGUCGAAGUUGUGCAAGGCGACACGUCGGCCAAUUACGAAGGAGGGAUUAAGUUGGUGAAAAAGUACGACGAUGAUAAAGAAGACGAUGUAGGAUGUAUCGUGUUUUCUACUCCCGAGGUACCCGCUAUGUAUAAGGCUGAUAUCGUCGAAGGAAUGAAUAUGAUUCAUGAAGGCGAAGGUGUCGUAUCGUUCGUAGAACUGAAUUCGGACGAAUACGAAAAAAAGAUGAUACUGAAAUUUGAAAACGAAGAUAUCGCCGAAGAAUUCGCCGCAUCGUUUCGUACGCUGAAUAUACCGGCGGCUCCAAAAAACCAUUAAAAGCGAAGCUAUUAAUAAAUUGAAUUGUGAUUUGUCUUAUCUCAUCGUUUCGAUUAUCGUUCAUCGUAUUGUUAUUUUUAGAUAUUGAUCGCGCUUUUAUAUUGUAAUUUUUUUCUGUUUAGAUUUUAUUUGAAAUUUUAUUUUAUUAACCGACGAAUGCGUUUGAUACGAUUCGUUCGUCGGUGCUUAUUUUUUCCUUCCUCCUUUUUUUUAAAAAAAAAAUGAUAUAUAAUUUAUGGAUAUCGAUAUCGAACUGUUCAGUUUCUCUUUUAGGUCGUUUUUAAAAAGCAACUUGUUUUUGUUUUUUACGUUUACUGUGUAUAGGUUUAUGAUUAUAUGAUCGCGUUGUCACCGUAGAGAGAACGCGUAAGAUUAAGUUAUGUAUUUUUUCCUUAUGAUCUAUGAUUUUUAAAUAUGAGAAAAUUUUUAAUGUGAAUGCUGUUUUAAUUCGAUUUAUGAUGUUUUUUUCUUUCCUUUUUCAUUUUCGGCGUAUGUAAUAAAUUAUGUUGAAGUGUUGCUUUCAUUUUCAAUAUUUGAAUUUGUCGAGUUUGUGUUUUGUUUUAUUUUAGUAGGUGGCGAUUUUCUAUUGUGAUCUGAUUUCGUAUCCGGCGGUUACUCUAUUACCUUUGUGAAGUAAGUCUGUAGUAAAUUUGAGAGCAUUUUUCACUCGAUGAUAAUUUUCAUAUCCAACCCGACUUGACCGUAGCUGUAAUAUUCGACGUAAUAAUUUAACCGGGAAUUGAAAUAAAACUGAAAUUUCAACUCUUACAUUGCGUAAAAUACUUAUAAAGACAAAAACAUCGGUAAUUUUAAUGCUCGUCUCAAAUUUGAAAAAGAUCGUGAGAAGUUGUGAUAUGUUGAGUUGUUGCUGUGUUGUCUGUGUAGUAUGUGUCACUGUAUGAGUGCGCAUUCCAUAUUUUCUUUCUCAUUAGUCAUACUACUCUUUUGACGUUUCCGUAGCCUUUACUUGUCAGCAUGUCGCUUCAUUGCUUCAUUUGAAAUUAAGAAACUAGAAAGGUCGUUUAUUACAGUUUAAUUUGCGGUAAUUUUACAUUAAAACAUGCGUUCGUAUAGUUACAUACAUAUGUGUACAUAUUAUCGGAGACGAAUUGGUACUUGAAGCAAAGUUUGAUGUGUUACCGGUUGGGCUGUGUUACCUUUUGUUGCUAUACUAUGCUGAAAUUAUCUCCAAAGAAAUGCUUAGUCGAGUCGAGAUCACGAUCAGUUGAUAGAAGAUUAGAUGUUUGUCCAACUUGCUAAUUAUGUGGAAUGUUCGCCGUUUACUAGCUUUUAUAUGAAGUGAUCAGCCAUGUUACGAAGACGAAGAUCGCCUUCCAGUAGAAUGCGAAUGCUGAUCAAUUUUCAACGCAUCAAGCCGAAGCCUGUUAAGCUGUUAUACAUUGUUGAUACUGACGCUGGAAUUAUCUCCACAGAAAUGCCAUUAGAUGUUUAUCUAACUUGCUAAUUAAAAGGGUGUUCGCCGUUUACUAGCUUUCAUAUGAAGUGAUGUUACGAAGACGAAGACUCACCUUCCAGUAGAGCGAAUGCUGAUCAAUUUGUACGUAGAGUAAUUCAACACAUCAAGCCAAAGUUACAGGAGCGUUGCUCGAUACAAGAAGGCCAAGUUUUUGAAAGCUUUUUGAAAUGAACUUAUGAAGAUUAUAAUUUCUUUAGGAGGCGAAGACAGAUCCUGAUUCAAGAAUGGAAUUCGGGUGCAGUGCCUGGGUUGGUGAAAAUUGAACGUUUCAAAUUGCACGUGAAAAAUUGAACGUGAGAAAUUGCACGUAUACAAUUGAACGUGUGUGAUAAUUGCACGCAUGUGAAAAUAGAACGUUUACAGCGUUCAAUUAUUACGUUCAACUAUCUGUAUUGUUCUGAAAAGGCUAAAAAUGAAGUUCAGCCCCUAUAAUUUUGGUCAGUGCACAUUGAGCACCCUCUCGACCGUUUCAGGGAGUUGUCGUGAAAUUCCAUGAAAUCGAUUUCAAAAGUAAAUUUUUUAUCUGCUCAUAAAUUCCAGAAAAAAUGAAAAAAAUUCAAGUAAUACUAUAAAUUUAACAUGCGGUCGAUUUCAGAAGGUUUCAACCCGUUCAGGAGCCGGUAGCCAUAUUUUGAACGUUCAAAAGUUAAUUUAGACGGUUUAUAUGGAACUUUGUGAAAAUCUGAAAUUUCCAAAAUACAACCGGAGGUUCCAGUUCCAGUUCCAGAACGCCAUGAAACCGUCUCCAAUUGACUCAGCAUAUUGAAGUAAAUUUUAGCUUUCCACCUUCUUUGAGUAACAUUUUGCGAAAAUUUCAACUUUCAAAAAUCCGCUGAAGGCUCCAAAACUGCUCAGAACGUUUCGAAACUGUAUUUUGGGUUGGUGAAAAUCUCACAUUAAAUCAUUUUCAGACGUUAAAUUUGCAGACGUUCUAUUUUCACAUGCGUGCAAUUAUCACACACGUUCAAUUGUAUACGUGCAAUUUCGCACGUGCAAUUUUCUUACGUGCAAUUUCAUACGUGCAAUUUGCCGGUCCCCGCAGUGCCUACCUACGAACAACCAGCUCCAGAAUAUUACCUAUCCAGCUUCGAACCUGUAACACCUUGUGUAUGUAAUUUUUGUUAACUCGAUAUCUUUCACAUCCCUCCCCACCCCGCCUGUCGAUUUUAAAUUUUACACGAUCAGCUUUUGACGGAUGAAUAACUAGCGUGUGGCGAUUUUAUUCAGAGAAGAACCAGAACAUUAUUAUUCUUUGAGACGCACUUUUAUGUAUACAUAUCUUUGUAUAUGUACAAUGGUCGCAAUACUUACAGCGCAAAAUAAUUAUUUAAAAAGUACUCAGACUUACCAGCUCACGGUGAAUGAUAUUUUGACGUGCAAUUUUUAUCACGUACGAAUUUUUUGAAUGGUCAUAUAAAUGCUCUCACUGACCUAUACUUACCUACUUUUGAACGGAGCACCUGAGCAUGAUAAUUUUAGCUGCCACAAUUUUUCCUGGUUGAAGAACAGUAUUUUUCGCAUACAAAUUUGUAAAUAUGAUUGUGCCCCUACCUGCUAUUUGGCGAUUGAAAUGAUUCUAUUGGAAAAGCUCUAGGUUAUUUCCUGUAAAGAUGGAAUAGUUCUAUAUUGAGAACUUGCUCGAACGUUUGCUGCUGUGUUUAUGUAGGACUUACCUAUUUCGAGUGGUGAUAUUCAACGUUUUAUUCGCGACGAACUCUUGCUUUUUUCAAUUGAUGGAUGAAUAUCGUCGACGACGUAUUGGAAUAAUUUUUCGAAGCUCAACGUAUAUGAUACGAAUAGUUUUACGCUUAAUUUUAGCACUUUAAAGGCGCAAUACUGACUCACGAUAACAUUCGCAGUACCACAACUUUUUUUCUUAUUCGAAAACGACGAUUUUCUGAUUCCCCCCCCCCUCAUCACUAUUUUGGCAUUCGAAGGUUAUUUUUCAAUUUCGAGCGGUAAAAUUUCAUCUUCUACUUAUUUUAGACAGUGGUAUGUAAUUAUUUGAGAGGUAUUCGCGACCAAAGACUACGAAUUGAUCGCAAAUAUCAUACGAGCCGGUCGUUGCAGAUGGUGGCGAUUAUCUCGUGUGUAAAGUUCUAGAUUAGGGAAGUAUACGCAUACGCCAUUUUGGUUCGACACAACGGAUGUAAACAACAUUAGAACGUAUGUACGCAUACAAUCUUACGUGUAAAAAAUGCAAUUUUUUCGAUUGUUCGCGGGUUCGGGUGAAUUUUUAAGUAGUUUCCAGCUAAAGACAAUGAAAUUUCCUAUCGAUUGAUGUUAAAUUUUUGUUAUUUCGCGCAAAAUUGACGAUUUUCUGAAUACUUAUAUUAUCCGAUUUUUUCAUACUAUAUGUGUCAACUUUAAACUAAAAAUACUCGAAAUCUUCAGUGAACACACAGGUAUUUUAAUAUAGCAAAAUGUUCGUAAUUUCUUCGUCUUUAAAAUGAGUGUUUAUCGAAAGCUCUACAUGCAACCGUUCAAAAGUUGUAGAAGUUUAAAGUUGCGAAAACAAUGCAAAAACCAACCGCGGAUGGUAAGUAUUGAACUUUGAAUUAGAAUUACUCAAAAUUUUCAACGAACACAUAGGUAUAUUAAUACAGCAAAACGUUCGUUAUUUUAUCCUUUUUAAAAUGGGUCUUUACCGAAAGCUCUACCUUCUACCGUUCAAAAAUUCUUGAAGAUCAAAGUUGCGGAAAGUGUUCAAAUUGUGUUAUCACUGUUAUCAGUCACUUAGUGUUGAUUGUAGAACAUUUUCCGCAACUUUGAUCUUCAAGAAUUUUUGAACGGUAGAAGGUAGAGCUUUCGGUAAAGACCCAUUUUAAAAAGGAUAAAAUAACGAACGUUUUGCUGUAUUAAUAUACCUAUGUGUUCGUUGAAAAUUUUGAGUAAUUCUAAUUCAAAGUUCAAUACUUACCAUCCGCGGUUGGUUUUUGCAUUGUUUUCGCAACUUUAAACUUCUACAAUUUUUGAACGGUUGCAUGUAGAGCUUUCGAUAAACACUCAUUUUAAAGACGAAGAAAUUACGAACAUUUUGCUAUAUUAAAAUACCUGUGUGUUCACUGAAGAUUUCGAGUAUUUUUAGUUUAAAGUUGACACAUAUAGUAUGAAAAAAUCGGAUAAUAUAAGUAUUCAGAAAAUCGUCAAUUUUGCGCGAAAUAACAAAAAUUUAACAUCAAUCGAUAGGAAAUUUCAUUGUCUUUAGCUGGAAACUACUUAAAAAUUCACCCGAACCCGCGAACAAUCGAAAAAAUUGCAUUUUUUACACGUAAGAUUGUAUGCGUACAUACGUUCUAAUGUUGUUUACAUCCGUUGUGUCGAACCAAAAUGGCGUAUGCGUAUACUUCCCUAAUCUAGAACUUUACUCGUGUGAUAUUUGGAGCGUUCGUGGAGGUUCUCUCCUUGAAUCGUUGGUCUGAAAAAAUAACCUCUCGAUGAUCGGUUACCUCAUUCUCCUUGUGUAGUUUUUGUAAAAGUCGUAUUAUUCGAAGAGUAUUCGCAAAUUGACGACUGCGAUUGGCGUGAAUUUCAUUGCGAACCAAUUCCCAGGUCGGUGAAUUGGUUAGCGUGACUUUUGCAUCGCAGAGAGGCAUUGUCGGUUUCGAAAAAAUAACUAGUUCGGUAAAUUGCGGCUCCCUUUGGGCUCUUUUUUCUUCAGUUUUGGGUUAAUCAAGGUCGUAUCAUUUGAGGAGUAUUCGAGCUUUACGAUUGCAAUGUGUGCUCGAAUGUCAUUCGAACUUGUCCCUGCGGGUGAUCGGUUUAUAUGACGUUUGUUGUGGCAUUUUGUAGAAACGGUUUAUCGUUGGUUUGGAAAUAUGACUCUUCGGUGAUUGGCUUUCUCCCUGUGUUCUCUCUCUCCCUCCCCCCUGGGUUCCCUUGGCUCAUAAAAUGAUGUAUUUUUUAAGGGAAUUGAAGUAGGGAUUGAUGCUAAGAGCAUUCCUAUGAAAGUUUGAUGAGUUAGGUGAUGCUUUUCUCUAAGUAGUUUUUUUCUGAGUAGAGUAGGGAUAUAGAAGAUUUUUUUAAAAAAGGGAUCUUUCUUCAUAAAGACGAUUAGGGUGAAUAAUACGAGUAUUAUCAGGGAUGCUAUUUUAGGAUAGGUAUGCAACAGUUCUUCAUUUCGAACAAUUACUUUUGGCUGUAGUUUUUCAAGACUUUGAUAAAAUCAGUAAUGUGAUGUAUUUUUUUUUUUUUUUUUUUUUUGAAAAUUGGAUAGGUUACUCGAUGAUUUUGGAUCAAAAUUGGAAAAAUGUUGGGUGGUUAAUGUUUUAAAAAUAAAAAGGUGUUGUUUCACUUUCUUCUGAAGUAAUUGCCAAUGUACGUAUUCGGCUAUCUUCAAAAUUCAUUGUAUAAGUUGAGCGCCGAUGUUGGUAUCUGGUCAACCUGGAGACCUCACAACAUCGGAAGAGACCCGGAGGGUUUUGCGAUGCCUACUGCGAUCGUCCCCGGCAUCCGGGAUACCAAGGCGGCAUGGUAGGGUCGCAUUAAACGAAGGGUACAUAGGGAUGGUAGAUUUUACACGUUUAACUAGAUAUCUAACAUUGUUCGAAUCGCAGGUCGAAAGGUCUUUUCAUCGUCGGUGGCGUUCUUUGGUACCUCGUGUACGACUUUUUCCUUCAAAAACACACUCGACGUGUGAUUUUUUGGAGCGAACGAGUCGUAUACGAGUUAUCCGAGACGUCGUUGGGCGAUUUGUGGUGCGUGAAAGUGCGUGUGUCGAAGCUGUAGGGUCUGUCCCAGGCGAUAGCGAGUCCGUGAACACGGAACAGUUUGGUUAGCAUGCUAAAUUAGUCGCAACUGUAGGCCGAAGGGCUGAACGUUGUGCAAAGUCUUUCGUGUCUGGAAGCUGGCAUCUGCUACGCCGUGUAGGAGGCGUGUGAAGUGUGCGCGAAGUUGGCGAAGGCUUCAAAAUAGGCAUAUGGGGUAAGAUUCGAGACAAGUCCGCAAGAACGGUACACUUGGUACAUAGGGGGCUUGCUCGGCGCCUCAAUAUUGGUACGGGCCAGAGGUUGGUGCGUACGGACCUCCGAGUCGACAGAGCUCGGACUGCCCUUGUAGCCGUCCUAGGCGAGGUUAGGGUAGAAAUCCGUGCGCCGUCUACUUGCUUACUGCUUCCCGGCGGUACACGUGUCGACCGGGGUUUUUACAGGAUCGGCUUAUCAAAGAGGAUGUAGGCUGGCGCCUUUCAGGCGGUCUGUUAUCACUUUGUACGAGUGUAACUUUUAUUCCUACGCUGACAUCAGCGUGUUGUAAAUUUUACCCUCGUACGAAGUUAUAACUGACCUGUCUGCGGGGUCAGCUAUGUACCUUGCCUUGAGGAUAAGUUCAGCCUAUCUCGCAGUGUUGGCGCUUUGGUCGAAUGUCCGUGAUGGUGGGUUUACACCGCAGUCGACAACAGUGUUUCAGAAACAAAUUCAUGUUUACAACCAAGUUUCAGUUUUUCAUUUACACCAAAUGUUUCGAAACCUGUGUUUACAACGUGUUGUAAACAAUGUUUCAGGUCGCCGAAAUUUCCGGCGACUUGAAACAAUGUUUAGAAACAUUUGUGGUUAAGGGUAUUGGUAUGAAAGAUGAACAGUAAUUUAAGUGUGUUUUCCUUAUAUUUGUUAUUGUGAGGUGUAUUAUUUUUCAUUAAAAAGCUGAAAAAUCAUGUCAGGAAUGCUUCUAUUGCUACUUUUCUACUAAAUACAGCAGCAAUAUCAUUUUUUUGCAAUGGUUACUGAUAAGCAUAUAACGAACAAACAAAACACAAUUUUUGAUAUAUAAGUACCAGAAAGAGGUGAGUGAACAGACGGCAUUGCAUAGGAUUUAAAUUAGAAAGUAAAAAUAUUCAAUAUGAAGAGAAUUAAUUAAUCAGAAAAUCAUGAAAAGAAAUGCUGAUAAAAAUGUUGCUGUUUUAAAAUUUGGUGUAAAUCAAUCAUGUUUCAAACAUUGUUUCCCAAACAUUUUGUUUUCCAACUUUGUUUUCGAAACAUUGUUGUCGACUGCGAUGUAAACCCACCAUGAAGUCAUGAAACAUUCAACAGCACUGCCCGUGUCGAGUGUUAGGGAAUUUUGAGAUACUGUUCCGGAGAGUUGGGCCCGACAAAGGGUUCGAUUCGCUGGACUGUUGAGAGUGCGCGAAGAGCGAGUGUCGAUCUGGGUUUUUAUGCUUUGUUAGAAUCUAGUUAAACGUGUAAGGUCUUUCCGUCAUCGUAUUGGCAGAGAAUAUGUAUUCAAAAAUUGGUAUAUUAAAAUGAUUAGCAUCGAACUUUCUAUAGGAAUGUGUUUUCGUUAUCAUUGGUCGGAUGGGAGAUGACUGGGUUAGUUGGAUUUUGGUACUGUGUAAGGAGUCAGGCUACAGGUGAGUCGUUAUUAUGUUAAGUAUUAGUUAGUUUGCACGAGUCGAUUCAGGUGAGUCGUUAUUUAAUUACUUAUUAAUUAAGAUUAGUUUAUUUGCGACAAAUUUGAGAUAUGAGACAAGUGACGAGCUAAUUUGUCGAGCAUUCACGCUAUCUUACGAUGAAAUUUGUCGAGAAAUUGAAAAUUAGGAUACUCCCCCCUCUGGUCCCUUUACUUUUUAUGCAUAAAUCUUGUCGAUGUAGUAUCAUUUCUGUUUGUGUAUUAUAUCACAUGUUAUCGUUAUUCGUGUAUUUUUGUAAUGACCAAUCAUGGUUUUUCACUGUCGAGCGGCCGGCAGUGUUUUUUAUUCCAGAUUGGUCAACGUGUUGUAGAAUUAAGUUUGUAUUGAUUUCUUUGCCGUUAAAAAAUUGAAACGAUUUUCGUUU